GAAAGGAAGCCCUGCAGAGCAUCAGAGGCCCAGCUAGAGGGACAACACAGAGGAGUAAUUUGCUGACAGACCUGCAGGGAUGGACCUGCUUUCAGCUCUCACACUGGAAACCUGGGUCCUCCUGGCAGUCGUCCUGGUGCUCCUCUACGGAUUUGGGACCCGCACACAUGGACUUUUCAAGAAACAGGGGAUUCCUGGGCCCAAACCUCUGCCUUUUUUUGGCACUGUGCUGAAUUACUAUAUGGGUUUAUGGAAAUUCGAUGUGGAGUGCCAUAAAAAGUAUGGAAAAAUAUGGGGGUUGUUUGAUGGUCAAAUGCCUCUGUUUGCCAUCACGGACACAGAAAUGAUCAAGAAUGUGCUAGUGAAGGAAUGCUUUUCUGUCUUCACAAACCGGCGGGAUUUUGGCCCAGUGGGGAUUAUGGGGAAAGCCAUCUCUGUAUCUAAGGAUGAGGAGUGGAAGAGAUAUAGAGCCUUGCUGUCACCCACGUUCACCAGUGGAAGACUCAAGGAGAUGUUCCCUGUCAUCGAACAGUAUGGAGACAUUUUGGUAAAAUACUUGAGGCAAGAGAAAGGCAAACCUGUCCCUGUGAAAGAAGUGUUUGGUGCCUACAGCAUGGAUGUGAUCACCAGCACAUCAUUUGGAGUGAAUGUUGAUUCCCUCAACAACCCGAAGGAUCCUUUUGUGGAGAAAGCCAAGAAGCUCUUAAGAAUUGAUUUUUUUGAUCCGUUGUUCUUGUCAGUAGUACUCUUUCCAUUCCUCACGCCAGUAUAUGAGAUGUUAAACAUCUGCAUGUUCCCAAAAGAUUCAAUAGAAUUUUUCAAAAAAUUUGUGUACAGAAUGAAGGAAACCCGCCUGGAUUCUGUGCAGAAGCAUCGAGUGGAUUUUCUUCAGCUGAUGAUGAAUGCUCAUAAUGAUUCUAAAGACAAAGAAUCUCAUACAGCCCUAUCCGAUAUGGAGAUCACAGCCCAGUCAAUCAUUUUUAUUUUUGCUGGAUAUGAACCCACCAGCAGCACACUUUCCUUUGUCCUGCAUUCCCUGGCCACUCACCCAGAUACACAGAAGAAACUGCAGGAGGAGAUCGACAGGGCUCUGCCCAAUAAGGCACCUCCCACCUAUGAUACUGUGAUGGAAAUGGAAUACCUGGAUAUGGUGUUGAAUGAAACCCUCAGAUUGUAUCCAAUUGGUAAUAGACUUGAGAGAGUCUGUAAAAAAGAUGUUGAAAUCAAUGGUGUGUUUAUGCCCAAAGGGUCAGUGGUCAUGAUUCCAUCUUAUGCUCUUCACCGUGAUCCACAGCACUGGCCAGAGCCUGAGGAAUUUCGCCCAGAAAGGUUCAGCAAGGAGAACAAGGGCAGCAUUGAUCCUUAUGUAUAUCUGCCCUUUGGAAAUGGACCCAGGAACUGCAUUGGCAUGAGGUUUGCUCUCAUGAAUAUGAAACUCGCUCUCACUAAAGUUCUGCAAAACUUCUCCUUCCAGCCUUGUAAGGAAACACAGAUACCUCUGAAAUUAAGCAGACAAGGACUUCUUCAACCAACAAAACCCAUUAUUCUAAAGGUUGUGCCACGGGAUGAAAUCAUAACUGGAUCAUGAUUUUCCCUCAAGGAGUUCUGCUGAAUUCUUCAGAAAUGUGGUGUCUAAGAACACCAGACCCUUUAAUUUAUGUCAUGAAUAAAAUUCAGAUGAAAUUAGGG